GCACUUUCCGGCUGGUUUCACUGUUUGCUGUUCCUGGGGGCUGUUUGAGCUGCAGUGGGUGGAGAACCGGGCCCAGAGGCUGGGUAGAAAUAAUGGCUCACAGCAGCACGCAGCUCGCCGGGCGCCUCCUAACCGUGGCAUUGGGGGGCAGAGCAGAAAUCCCUCCUGGGCCCAUGGCAAUGAGCUGUCAAUCAGUCAGCCCGCGCAUCCGCUCCUCGUGCUUCAGCCUUUUCGCCUGCGCGCAGGAAAAUCUGCCACGCUGCCAGGUUCGGCUGGGACGCGGGGUCGUCCUGGGGCUUUCGCUGAUGCCCACGUUUCCUGGCCUCGCACCGGAGCGGCCCCAGACGGUGGCGGGACUCCUGGGGCCAGCAGCAGCUCGCUCGGCAAAGGCCUGGCUCCGUUCGGUCUCUGCUGCAAACCCAGGGCGCGCCCCAAACCCCGCCCUGUGGCUUGGAGACCGGUUACUGCUGACCUGAGCGACUGCCCUCCACCGGGGCAGGGUCUUCCAUGUAAUGUGUCAAUCAGAGAGUGCGAGGUGUCCCCAGAUCCCAGCUCCUUGGCCCCCAGCUGCUCCUGCCAUGCAGCCCCUCCGGAUCGUCAGCACCUGCCUGGCUCUGCUCAGCCUCCUGCUGCUGCUGCUCGCCCUGGGCUCCGACCACUGGCUGGUGAAUGACCUAGGCAUUGUUCAGGGAUUGUGGCAGGUUUGCUACAAUACAAUCUGCGAAAAAUAUUCUGCAGUGUCAGAUUAUGUUGACGCCACCAGGGCUUUCCUGUUCCUCGCCAUGAUCGCUGGGGGGGUCUCCAGCAUUGCUGUCAUCACCUCGUUCUUCCGCUCCCACCUCGGCCCCGUGCCCCUCACCCUGGUCUCUGCUGUGGGCAGCUUCAGCGCAGGGCUCUGCGCCAUGAUCGCCAUGGCCGUGUUCACAGGGAAGGUCGUGGAUGCCAGCCAGGGUAUGGCAGACUUCGGCUGGUCCUUCGGCCUCGGCUGGGCCUCCUUCCCCCUCUUCCUCAUCACUGGUGCAGUGACCAUGUUCAUCCCCAAACCCCCCUCGAGCUGAGCCGGGGGCGGCUGGACGGAGCCUGCAGCAUCAUGGAACCGACUCCCUCAACAGCCCUCAGCAGAGGGCAGAGGAGUGUGGAGCCCCGACCUCUCUACUUCCGCACCCUCUAUCCCCCCCGGUUACCCCCACCAUCCCAGCCCCCUCCUUUGGCAGCCAACUGAGUCUUUGUGCAGAAACAUGAAACGGAUCCACCCCCCAGCAACACGCCUGGGUUGAGUGCGGCUUUUCUGGUGUCUGAAAGGGAGUCGGAUGCCUGGGUUCUGUCGCCGGCUCGGGGAGGGGAGUGGGGUCUAGUGGUUAGAGCGAGGGGACUGGGGGCCAGCAUUCCUGGGUUGUCUCCCUUGGGAGGGGGCAGUAGGUGAUGCUAGUUGGGGAGGGGAGGAAGGAGGGACACGAUCUCCUGCCCUGGCCAGGGGCAGCAUGAGGUGGAACGAGGGGCGGCCCUUGGCGGAUGCUGAGCCCAGGAAGCAGACCGGCCAGAAGGGAAUUGACAGGAAAUUCGUGGCUCUGGGUUCGGUGACUCUGUUCAGAGCCGGCACUGAGCA